CCGGAGCAGCAUCAGCCUCACUCUCUCACUUCUCGUCACUCCCUCCAUCUUCCUCUGCCGCUGCUCCUCCUCCUUCGCAAUCCUCUGCCUUUCCGUCCGUUUCUACCGCUCCGCGUGGCGGAAUGGCGAUCGGUGUGCCCGAGCACCACCAGAGCCCUUACCCUCCGCCAUUUUCCUCUUCCUUUGGUCAGCAUUUCGGUGGUUUGGACCGAACCGGAGUUAGCGUCGGAGAAUCUGCCUCCAAUAAUGCAUCUUCUCAGGUGAGACCACCAAUGCAACGAAUGGGAAUGUUGGGUUCGCUUGGAUCUGGAUCACAAAUGCGGCCAGGUGGGAUACCUGCACAUCAACAGAGACCUGUUCAAUCAUCUCUCAGACCACCGCCCCCUGCACAGAACAGUCCAACUACUGUUUCGCAAAGCUUCCAAGGGCAUGGACUAAUAAGAACCUCAUCAGUGGGAACACCUGCAACACCAUCUCCAAGUGUACCUCAAAGUAUGCAGUCACUUAAUCAGCCGUGGUUGUCAUCUGGACCACAGGGGAAGCCUCCUUUGCCGACCUCUUCUUAUAGGCAGCACCCGCAGCAAGUAAACCCACCAGCGUCCUUGCAGCAAAGGGCUCACAUUCCUCAGCAGCAGCAGUCUACACCAGCAGCAUCACAGCCGCAGCCAUCUUUGCCAUCUAAUCAAUCACAGGAGCAUUUUGGGCAACAAGUUCCCCCAUCAAGGGCUCCACAUAUCCCUCAGCAGCAGCAGGUUACAAGGCUACAGGUCCCAGGAAAUCAGAAACCUUCAACUCUUGUGGCUGCUCAAUCCGCUGCAGCUCAACCAGGAAUUCAAAGUAGAUUAGCUACUGUGGAUACUGAUGAACUGUAUAGUGUUCUCUGCAAAAGAAGCAUCCAUGAGAUAGUCAGUCAGGUUGAUCCAGCUGAAAAGUUGGAUCCUGAUGUCGCAGACAUUCCUGUCGAUAUUGCAGAAAAUUUUCUAGAGUCUAUAACAAAAUCUGGUUGCUCCCUAGCUAAGCAUCGGAAAUCAACAACAUUGGAAGCAAAAGACAUACUUUUACAUCUAGAGAAAACUUGGAAUAUGACACUUGGAUUUGGUGAUGAAAUUAAAAGCUACAAAAGACCGGUUGCAAGUGAUAUUCACAAGGAGCGACUAGCGGCUAUAAAGAAAUCAAUGGUAGCAGCGGAGGCAGCACAUGCUAGGGGCUCUGCUGGCCAAGCAUCCGGUGGCGCAAAGGGUAGCCAGGCAAAGACACCCUUGAAUGUCCUUGGCUCUCCCAACUCUAAAAACUGAUGAGAGAUGCAGAGUGUUUAUGUAUUACACAAUUAAGGAGAAACCCCUUCGAAAAGGUAACUAAAAUUAUAUUGAAUUGAACCAAGCAAGUUUUCCUGUGUGCAUUGUAGUCACAAAUGACAUUGACAAUCAUUAUUUAUCUUGCCACUUGAAUUGUAGUUCUAGGAAUGCUUUAAAGGGGUUUUACUCAACCAAAAUUGUGACAAGAAAAAGUGUUGCUUUUUAUUUCUUUGAUCAUGAGGAACACCCUGAACUUUGAGGCAUUUGGGUAUUUAGAAUUCUCCUUCUUUUGUAUAAAUUAUUUUUUCCCUUUGAAUUCAUGUCUUGGAUCUAA